AUGCUCUUCACAUGCAAGCCCACCCCCGCGCACGCGGGCCCCGAAACCUGCCUGCAGAUCUUCUCCAUUGAGGUCACGGAGCUCAGCGGGGGCCUCCAGUGGCCGCUGGAGGUCUACGUCCUUGUCGCCACCCGAGACUCGGUGGAUCAUAAUCGCAAUGUCAUCUUCAGGCGCAGGCUGCCUUCCAGAGCCUUCCAGCUGAGACAAAACCACGAAACCGAAACAGCCAACCCUAGAAUCGCUCGUUCCCUGUCCCUCCUCCUGUGUGCGGCGCCGCCGCUGCGCACAGGCCACAUCUCCUCGCCCUCCUCCACAUCUCUGGCCAAGGCGCUCACUUCUCCGGCCCUCCUCCACAUCUCCUCGCCUCCACCCCAUCCACUUCCUGUCCAAGACUGUGGCAACGGAGCUCGGUGGCUGCGGCCCUUCUCCAAGACUGCAGCGUGGUGCUCAGCUGCUGCGGCAACGGAGCUGAUGGAGCGCGAGCCGACCAGUUCAACGGAGGCAGUAGCACGGGGCAGCGGCAGCAGCAUGGAGGGCAUCCGCUUGACUGGAAGGGUACAAAUGUUCUUGAUGCAGUUUCAGUACGUGUAUGCAGUUUCAGUCUUCAGCAAUUUGUCUCGUCCAAAUUUAGGAGAGGUCCCUGGUAAAUGGCUCGGCAAAUGCAUAUAUCAUACGGGGUUAAGAAAAAAGAAAGUAUUUGUUGAUAGUGAGAGUGAGGAUAAUGAUGGGGUGAGUGAGGAUGGGGAAGAUGCUCCAUCCAUGCAUGAUCAGCAAGAGGCGCAAAUGCAAGUGGAAAAAGAGACACAAAUUCAAGUGGAAAAGGAUGCACCACCAACAGAUGGCAAUUUGGAGACCCGUAGAUCUGUACGGCUUGUCAAGAAGAAGACCAAGGGCGUCAACAGCCUAUACCCCGCUGCUUAGAAAUCUGCUGAAAUGCCACAUGAAGAACUAAGGAUAUCAAGAAGCUUUUGGAUGUAUGCAAGCUUGGAGCUGUUGUUUUAUAGAAAUGGCACUUGAAGAAUAACCAAGGGUAUCAAGAAGCUUUUGGAUGUAGGCAAGCUUGGAGCUGCUGUUUCAAUGUCAUGCUUUGAUAGUUGUCUUUUGGAGCUGUUGUUUCUAUGUGUAAUACUUUAAGUCUGUUGGCUGUACCGGACUAUUUAGACUCUGAACUAUGCUGUGAUGGUUGAACUGAUGUUGGACUGUUAAGGGUUAUGUUGGAGGCCACUUUAUAACUAAAGUGUGCCUGUUAUGUUGGACAGGUACAGUUUUAUUAAUCCCUAGAGCUUAUUUGCUGAAAUUU